AUGGUCAUCCUUAUUGUUUUCGCCAAUUCGGCCAUGGAGACAUCAGCAUGGAUUAUGUCAUCACCAGCAGAAGCUUCCGUGACUUCACCAACAGGUCCCAGCACUGCUGACGACAUUGCCAAGAAGCAACAGGAACAGCAGGAACGUGACACCAGUCAUCGCCUGUCAUCACAGGAUGACAUUCCCCUGAAGUUCCCCUUUUUGGCAUUCAAUGGCUUGUUGCUGGACAUUAAACUUCCCUUUUGGAACAUGUUUUCGCCUCUCUCAUCAUUGACACGACCAUCAUCGUCGUCGUCAUCAGAGACGGAAAAAGCAUCACCUGAGACAUUCUCAUCUGAAAAAGCUAAAACAGCUGAUUCUUGGUCACAUUCCAUUCAAGGCGAGUCCAUCGCCUGCACCUACAAGCCUAUUUGGGAUUGGCAAACGGAAUACUUUCAAGACCACUUGACCAACUUUUUGGAGCUGGAAUUGCCGGAUCCUUCCUUGGCUGUGGUACAAACUAAACAUGAGGAGAAGAAUACUAGCAGUGGUAGCAGUAGUAGCAAAGCUGCCACUCGGGUCCGCACCAAAUGGUAUGCCUCGGACGAAUACCGCCUGAUUCGCAUGACUUACAUGGAUGGAGGCGAAAAUACGCAAAUCUUUACGUCAGUAUGCUAUCCACACAAGGAUUUGCCCGUCCUGGGACAUGGACUCUUGCAAGUGGGCGAUCGUUUGAUUACCAUUUCCGACUUUUCACCCCUGGACGAAUCCCAUGAGCAUUACGCCCAUGAAUAUUUGCAACCCAUCAAGGAUGAAUACCCAUCUUUGGGACAAGAAAUGUCGGAGCGCUUUUUUCAAUCCGGAGAAUUCUGGUCGGAUUGCACAUUGUUGGGGCGCUUUUCCAAAUCAUCCAAUGACGAUGACAUGUGGAAGGAUCUUUGGCCAGCCUACAAGGCGUGUGUGCAAACUCACCUCCAACUUUGUCAAAAAGAGGACGAGUCCAGUAGAAUAUCAAAGGACGACAACAUGCAUCUCUUGCAAAAGCAUGCAGACUACGAUGCACAUGUAGCCUCACGAGAUCCGGCCAUUAAAAUGUUGACGGGCAUCUUUGGAGAAGAAACUGCUACCAAGGUUGUCUACGAAGCACUCUUUCCCUUGGCCAAGAAUAGCCAACGCUUUCAACAAUAA